AAGCCUCAUAUUGAUCCUAGUUUUGAAGCUUUUUGCAAGUAUUGGUGAUGGUGAUUUUUAUAUUUUCCGGGGAAUAUACUUGGCCUGCUGAGAAGUGACACUUUUUGCCGAUAUAAUUACUGAAAAAAGCCACAACAAAUAUGCAUCAGGAAAGCCGUAUAAAAUGAGCUGUUUGGCAACCUAGAGGCCAAACCAAACCCACAUUCAUGCCUUGAUUAAAGUUGAAACAUUGAGCUUACAUCUCUCUCUCUCUCUCUCUCUGUGUUAGGCGAUAAUGGAGGUUUCUUCAGAUGCAGUGAAGAAGACAACAGAAGAAGAGGUCCCAAAAACAAAAGGAGGCCUAAGGACCAUGCCUUUUGUCAUAGCAAACGAGGCAUUGGAGAAGGUCGCUGCUGUGGGGCUCUUUGCAAACAUGAUUUUGUACCUGAGAAAUGAGUAUCACUUGAGCACCGUAACAUCCAUCAAUAUUUUGUUCGUCUGGAAUGCUGUCUCGAGUUUCCUCCCAAUCUUUGGGGCUUUCUUUUCUGAUUCCUACUUGGGUCGGUUUAAGGUGAUCGGGAUCGGAACCAUUAUCACUCUGCUUGGAUUGAUCGUGUUGUUCCUGACGGCCAUCCUGAAGUCAGCAAGGCCUCCGCACUGCGACAACAUAUUCCUGGACAAAUGCGUGGUCGCAAAUUCCAGCCAUCUCGCCUUCCUCUUCUCAGCAUUCGUGCUCAUGUCCAUCGGAGCCGGCGGCAUAAGGCCGUGCUCUCUGGCGUUCGGCGCCGACCAGUUCGACAGGCCGGAAAACCCUAAGAACGAGAGGGUGUUGCAGAGCUUCUUCAACUGGUACUACGCUUCGGUGGGGAUCUCGGUGAUGAUCUCGAUCACAGUCAUCAUCUACAUCCAGAACCAGUUCGGCUGGGUGGUCGGUUUCGGCGUUCCGGUGGGGCUCAUGCUCUUCUCCACGGCUAUGUUCUUCUUGGGAUCUCCACUUUACUUUAAGGUCAAGGCCAAGAAGAGCCUGGUCACUGGCUUGGCCCAAGCUGCAUGUGCGGCUGUGAAGAAGAGACGGCAGGCCUUGCAGGAAAAGGUUUCCGAUGGAAGGUAUCAUCACGAGAAGGGGUCCAAGCUUGUAGAGCCGUCGGAGAAACUGAGAUGUUUGAACAAAGCUUGCAUGAUCGUGAGCCCAGAGAAAGACCUAAAACCAAACGGCAGAGCCAUGGAUCCAUGGAGCCUCUGCACAGUAGAGCAAGUAGAAGAGCUGAAAGCAUUGAUCAGAGUGGUGCCCAUAUGGUCCACCGGAAUCAUGAACGCCGUCACCAUCAGCCAGCAGUCCUUCCCGGUGCUCCAGGCCCUCAGCAUGGACCGCCGCUUCAUCAAGAACUUCAAGAUCCCGCCGGGUUCCUUCGCCGUCUUCAGCCUCCUCACUCUCACCAUCUGGGUCGCCAUCUACGACACCCUCAUCGUCCCAUGGAUCUCCGGGUACACCAAGAGGCCCAGGGGCCUCAGCCUCAAACAGCGCAUGGGCAUCGGCCUCUUCUUCUCCUGCAUAGCCAUGGCACUGUCCGCCGAGGUGGAGAGGAUCCGGAGAGGUCGGGCGAUCAGCGACGGCCUGGCGGCGCAGCCGUUGGCAGUGGUGAACAUGUCGGCGAUGUGGUUAGUGCCGCAGUACUGCGUGGGCGGGCUGGCGGAGGCCUUCAACAUCAUCGGGCAGAUAGAGUUCUACUAUUCCCAGUUCCCCAAGAAAAUGGCCAGCGUCGGAGUGGCCCUCUUCUCGCUCGGAAUGGGCGCCGGAAACUUAGUCGGAAGCCUCAUCCUCACCGUCAUCCACCGCGCUUCCAAACGCAAUGGCGCCGUCAGUUGGGUUUCCAGCAACAUCAACAUGGGCCACUAUGACUACUACUACUGGGUUCUGGCCACUCUGAGCGUCGCCAAUCUCUUGUACUUUUUCUUCUGUUGCUGGCUUUAUGGCUCUGAGGAUCAAAGGUCUUGGGUCGAUGAUAAAAUUAGUGAAGAAGGCGAGCAAGGUGCAUGAUCAUGAUGAUGGUGGUGAUCAGAAGGGGUCUUCUUUCUGAUUAAUUUGGAUGAAAUUGGAGUUUGCUUGAAUCAAUCAGUUUGCUUCGCACAAAAAGUGUCCUUGAGAAGGUUUAAGCGUCUCAUAAACAACCAGAAGAGUUGCUCAAAGCCUGAGAUUAGGCCAAAUUCGAGAGAAGAAUUCUAAAUGAAUUCGAAGUCUACUUUUGAGUUUUAGGGUAAUUACAAGUGUUACUCCAUAAUUUAAAGUAAUUACAAUAACUAUUCUUGAUGUUUAGAAAAAUAUGAUAGGUACUCUUUACGUUUAAUAUUAUAUUGUAUUUUUUGAAUUAUCGUUAAACAUUUAAA